AAGAAGAAAACGCGGGAAACAAAUAAGAAAACCGCGAGCACAAAUCAGGAUCGAACCUGUUCGGUUAACUGAAGCAUAGAACUGCCAAGUUUCCAGCGAAGGAUGUCCUCGACGGAACCGGUUCAGUGCAUCUCGCAGCACGUGAAGUUUGCCGAAAUCAGUGCGAUCCUGGAGAAGCUGAAAAGCGCGACGGGCCCGGCCAGCCGGAAGGAUGACAUCCUGCGCCGAUACUUCGACUCGUUCGAACAGUUCCGCCGAGAGUUCCGACAAAAGCAUGGGGACAAUGUGAAAUCAAGCAUAUUUCCGGUACUGCGUCUCCUGGUGCCGGCAUCGGAUCGGGAAAGAGAGUCGUACGGAAUACGAAUCAAAUCGCUGAAGGACCUGUACAUCAAAGUGCUGGGCAUCAGCGAAAGUAGUAUUGAGGCGAAAAAGCUGUCCGGUUUCGAUGAGUCGGGAAACUUUUUCGGUGGCAGUUCCGGAUCGUCGGAUUUCGCCGAACGAGUGUUCACCCUGAUGCGGGGUCGUUGUCCGCAGGAAUGCCGUGUGACCGUUUGGGAUGUUAACGAGCGACUGGAUGCCAUUGGGGAGCACUAUCGGAACGGUCGGAAGGGCAAAAUCCUGGACGAGUUGAUUCGUAUGGUCGAAGGAAUGACCCAGUUGGACCAGAAAUGGUUGAUACGGAUUAUAUUGAAAAAUCUUCGGUUGGGGAUGACCAAGCAGAAGUUGUUAGGAUUGUACCACCCCAAAGCUAGUCAGUUGUUUGAUCGCUUCAGCAAUCUUUCGAAGGUUUGUGAAGUUGUGGAAAGCGGUGAAGUUUCGGAUGAAGCGGAAGUACCGACGAAGAAACUGGCGAUCCAGAUUUUUCAUCCGGUUAAAGCUAUGCUGUGUCAAAGGGUAGACCUCAGGGCGGUAGAUGAAAUGCUGCAGAAGGAAGAAUUUUGGCUCGAAACAAAAAUGGACGGAGAACGCUUUCAAAUUCAUAAGGAAGGACAAAUAUUUAAGUACUUUUCCCGAAACAGUUACGAGUACAGUCACGUUUUUGGAGAAAACCCUAAUCAUUCCGGAUCGACUCUUACACCGUACAUUUCCAGUCUGAUAGAACCAAGUGUGCAGAGCAUCAUUCUUGAUGGGGAAAUGAUGGUUUUCGACAAGACCGAUUUAGCUUACAGGGACAAAAGUGAGAACACUGACGUCAAAGCGCUGAAAUCCGAUAAUCCAAACUUGAGGCCAUGCUUCUGCGUUUACGACAUUUUAUUUCUCAACGGAAGGUCACUUAUCGGAAUACCGUACGCCGAACGAAUUCGGCUGCUGAAAACAGCAAUCAAGGAAAAGAUCGGCGUUUUGGUGAGCUGCAGGCGGAUCAAGGUGAAUGAUUCGGACCACUUGGUAGACCUGCUAAACGAAGCCAUCGAUGCCCGCCAGGAGGGAGUGGUCAUCAAGAAACAGGACUCCGUCUACAGCCCCAACGAACGGAACGCCGGAUGGUAUAAAAUAAAACCGGACUACAUCGACAAUCUGGUUUCGGAUUUCGAUCUGCUGAUAAUAGGUGGUUUCUACAACUACAAGCGCACCUUCGUAAACACUUUCCUAGUUGGGGUACUGGAAAAGAGACUAGCCAAUGAUGAUGAACAACCCACCUACCUAGGCGUCACUAAAGUUGGCAUCGGACUGUCCCUCGAACAGUGGAAACAGCUAAACAAUUCGCUUCGACCGCACUGGCAAGAGGUUGUCCGCCGCAAGGAAGGUCGUUCGACGAUUGCCGAAGAACCUCCCGGAGUUCGUUGGGGCCAAACGGCACCCGAUGUUUGGAUAUCGGGGUCCAAUUCGAUUGUUCUACAACUGAAAGGUUCGGAACUGGUCAGAAGUUCGUCCUUUGCUACGGCCUAUACCAUACGGUUUCCAAGAAUUACAGCCAUAAGAAGCGAUAAGGGACACUUGGAUGUUUGUACCAAGGAGGAGUUCGAUCAACUGUGUUCCUCCAACUCUAAGGUGGCGAAGCUAGCAAAAAGGCACAUAACGUCUGCCGAUCUACUUCCGAGUUCUACCAGCACUCGUGGCAAGCGGAAGAAAAUUUCGCCACUAAAUUUAAAGCGUAAUAAGCCAAUUUUGCCUGAAAUCGGAAUAACCGUAACAGAAGAUCAACCACCGAUAGACCACAUUUGUGAGGGUCUCGAUUUUUGUGUGUUAACCAGCGUCAAAGAUUUUCCGGCAGUUCCGGAUCUCGAAAGAUUGGUUCGCCGCCACGGGGGUCGUCCGGUGAAAAACCCGGGACCCAAAACCUAUGCCGUUAUUGUAGGUGAUCGAUCCUUUUUGGCCGAUCGCAUUAUCAACAGUGGACUAUACAAUGUGGCCAGUGUUCGUUGGCUUUUGGAAGCGCUGUCCGGUGAUCAACCGAAAGAUCGUCUGAUUGAGUUCAAACCAAACGAUAUGCUAGCGAUGACAGUGGAUCUGCGACGGAAGUUGAUUGAUCGGUUCGAUCGGUUUGGAGAUUCGCUUACCGAGAAAAUUGUUGACCAAGAUGACUUGAAACAACUGCUCAAGCAGAUUAGUCUCAAUGGAGCCCAACUUUCGGUUGGUGAGAUACGAGACGGUCAGCGGGAGAUACUGGGCCCAAGUUCAACAUUUCGGAUUUUCAGAGGCUCGGUAGGAAUAUUGUACGAGGACAAUUUGCGGGAAGAUCUCGACCGGUACCGGGCUAAGUUUGCAAUGCUCAGAUUCGUCAGAGAAGGAGGUCAGUGGCUGAAGGAUGCCAAGGAUCGAGGCGUUUCUCAUGUGUUUGUUGCCCAGGGAAAGCAUUUGGAAAAGGAUCAACUCAAGCAAUGGGUAGAUAGUUUGACGAAGGGUAGAAUUUUGGCGCCCGUUGUUGUCAAACUGGAAUGGAUCGGCCACUGUCUUCAGAGAAGACAAGCAUGUGAUGAACAAACGUUCAACGUAUUGUAGAUGUAACUCAGGUUGAUAAUAUGUAUGUGGUUUAAGCAGUUGU